UUUCCGCCAGAGGCGCUCCCAGUUCAUUCGAAUUUUUCGGACGACCGCGCAGAAAAGCGAUCGUGAAUUUACUGCUAAGUAGACUUUGGAAGUGUAAUUUCAUGGGAAUAAUUCAUUCGAGGUUGCAAUUAAGUUGGUAAAUUUGUGAGGAAAAUGAUUCCUUUCUGCAAUGUGUGCUUCCGCACUGGACAGGAGGAUCCAAACCUUUUCAUCACCCAAUGCCGUCGCGUGGUUUGUAAGGCGUGCGUCCUGGCGAGCAACGGUCGCUGUGCGGUUUGCCAUAGCCAGUGUCGCUCAAUUGAGCUGAAUAAGAACAUGCCGGAACAUAUGCGCAAGUAUUUUCAAGAUCCCCUGAAAGAACUGGAGGAGCUCCAGAAGGUGAUCAAGUUCCAGGAGGAUCAGAGAGCCAUCAGCAAUGGAUAUGCUAAGAAAAUUAUGGAGCAGCACCACAGACUGCGCAAGAGUAUCAUGGAGAAGAAGAGGGAGUACGACAGGCUUCGCAAGAUUGUGGCGAAACUCCAGGCGCAGGACAAGGCUCGAUCCUCCUAUCGCACUCCGGGAACAUCUCUAUCUGGGUUUUCUGGAUCGCAGUUCUCAAGCGACAUGAAUACAACCGACAGAAGGACUGGAACGGAUUCGUCCUUCUUCAGAGACUCUCCCAACCCGUCCAAGAACUCCACCCUCAGCUUUUCACUUGAUAAUCUUUAA